UCAACUUCCCAAACCCUAACCCCAACUCCUCCACCUCCACCUCCUCCUCCUCCGCUUGCUCUCUCUCUCUCUAAAAGCUGUUGGCUGAUGCAGAAGACUGCUGUUUCUUGUCUUGUUUUUAUCUUAGUUUCUGGUUAAUUGUUUUCCAACUAACCCUUCCCCCCACCUCACCUCUCUCUCUCUCUCUCUCUCUCUCUGGCAUUAGAUCUAAAACUGACUACUUACGAGCAAAAAGAGGGAGAGGAUUAAACCCUUCGUCCGACUUGGACGUCCACCUCACUCCCCUCCAAACAGACAACCUUGGAUGGAGCAAUGAUGGCCUGACUAUAGUUCUGAAGAUUUUUUCUCUAUCUUGUUUAAAGAAUUUCUUUGUUCAAGUCGCACUUAUUUAUUCUGGAAUGAAGGAUUGUGAUAAAUAUGCUUUCAGGAGCAAAUAUAGUGAGGCUACAUAGUAUCUUGUGGCAAGCAGUUAAAAGUAAGGGCAAGUAUCAGUACUGAAUACCAAUCCAGAUGGGGACCGGGGAAGAGACCUCCCCUGCUAAGCCUUCAAAGCCAACUUCUUCAGCUCAGGAAAACCAAACAGUACCUUCAUAUCCUGAUUGGUCAAGCUCCAUGCAGCCUUAUUAUGGGGCUGGUGCUGCUCAUCCUUUUUUUGCCACAACUGUUGCUUCUCCUACUCCCCAUCCUUAUCUUUGGGGCCAGCAUCCUUUGAUACCGCCGUAUGGGACCCCAGUUCCCUACCCAGCUCUGUAUCCCUCAGGUGGAGUUUAUGCUCAUCCUCCUAAUAUGGCCACGGGUCCAAGCAUGGGACAGGCAAACGUGGAGUUAGAAGGAAAAGCCUCAGAUGGGAAGGAUCGGGCUUCAAAUAAGAAAUCCAAGGGAACUCUAGGAAGCAUGGCUGUGGUUGGUGUAAAGGGUGGAGAAAAUGGGAAGUCAGCUUCAGGUUCAGGAAAUGAUGGUGCCACACAAAGUGCUGAAAGUGGGAGUGAAGGUUCAUCAAAUGCAAGUGAUGAAAACAACCAACAAGAAUACUCUGCAGCUGCAAGUAAGAAAAGAAGCUUAGACCUGAUGCUUGCAGAUGGAGCCAAUGCACAGAAUAACACUGUUGGAGUAAAUCUUCAAGCUUCGGUACCUGGGAAUCCAGUCGUCUCUUUGCCUACAACUAAUCUGAACAUGGGAAUGGACCUAUGGAGUGUGUCUCCUGCUGGUGCUGGAGCUGUGAGACCUCAUGCCUCUGGUGUCUCACCUGCUGUUGCUCCAGCAGCGAUGGUUGCCCGUGAAGGCAUGAUGACUGACCAAUGGAUUCAAGAUGAUCGUGAAUUGAAGAGACAGAAGAGGAAGCAAUCUAACAGGGAGUCAGCUAGGAGGUCAAGAUUAAGGAAGCAGGCAGAGUGUGAAGAGCUACAAGCAAGGGUGGAGACCUUGACCAACGAAAACCAAACACUCAGAGAAGAGAUGCAGAGGCUUUCUGAGGAGUGUGAGAAGCUUGCAUCUGAAAAUAAUUCCAUUAAGGAAGAGUUAACUAGAUUGUGGGGACCUGAUGCAGUAUCGAAACUCGAGAAUAACAACUCUAACCAACUACUACUUCAGUCUCCCAACGACGAAAACUGUUGAGGUACCUGGAGGCUGCAAAGGAAAACUGGUAUGAGGUGGGAUGAGAGGUAUUCAUCAAGCCUGCAGAACUUAAUGACUGCGGCACUAAUUAAGCAAGGUUUACUUAAUCCUUACUAAUGUACAAAACUAACCCUUUUUCAAUAUAACACUCACAUUUGUAACUCUUUUAACAGAUGCCCAAGCUUUUGAUUUAUUGACAUGAUGUAGGAUUAUUAUUUGAAAAGAGAAACUCAGAAGAAGAAAGGCCGUGAAGGACAUUGUCAUCUUAAA